AUGAAGUACGCGUCACGAAAGUUCAUCGACCUCAUUCAGGGCGCUGCAUCUAAGUGGGCCAACUGGGAUCCACCAAAAAAAAUUGCAGUGGGUGACUAUGGGUUGAUCGACAACAAAACCGGAGAAUUCGAGUGGGAGGGGAACAUAUAUCGCCCACAUUUCCAGGAGCAACUCAAAUCCUCAAAUGGUGUGCAGAGUGUACUGAAUGUCGCCUUUGAAGCCGAUUUGCAGUUUGAUGGUAGAAAACGAGCAGCUGUGCUGGUUAUGCACGAGCCAAGAUACAGCAGCCUUCCGAAUGACGAACGCAUCAUCGAAUUACUCAAGUCCAUGCCUGAUAUUCUCAAAGGGAAGUUCAUCGUCACCGAAGUGAUAUCUUGCGCAGCGUAUAUGAUGCAUUUGUCUGAAAAGAAGGCGUAUAGCAUUUCUGCAACACUCAAAGCCAAUGUACCUGUCGCGCCACCUGCCACUGCUGGAGGUGCAGUCGGUUUCGCCUGGUCUUUAGAAACUACCAAUGGCGUAUCUCGUCAAGGAAGCGACCCGGCUGCAAAAUACGUACCCUUGUAUAGGUUGAAACAGCCUCGUUCUAAGUUCUGGCUGUGGCCUUAUGGUCACCGCGGGGAUGAGAAAAAUGACGAUCCGAUCGACAGGUGGGAGGAUGUCGAGCCACCUUGGGACCCUCUCGACGACGAGGGCGAAGAGGACGAAAUAUAUGAUGCAGAGAUGCAUGGCGACUUCGGCGUUUUCAAUGAUGGCUAUCCUGAGUAG